AUGGCGAUUUCGUACUUUCAGGCGUGGAUUGAGUAUGCUAUACUUGAGAAGAUUUCUGUUUGUUAUGAUACAGUAACUAAGAUUUCUGUUAGUUCCUUUUAUGUGCAAUUUUUUAUCUCCACGGAUAUAGUAAAACCUUUUCAUGUAUAUUUAACCAUUUACCACGGAACAGCUUAUGAUGUGACUCGACGAGAAACAUUUACAAAUCUGUCUGAUAUAUGGGCUAAAGAAAUUGACCUCUACUCAACAAAUCAAGAUUGUAUCAAGAUGCUUGUAGGCAACAAAGUUGAUAAGGAAGAUGAAAGGGUCGUCAGCAAAAAAGAGGGAAUCGACUUUGCAAGGGAGUAUGGAUGCCUGUUCAUUGAGUGUAGUGCCAAAACUCGGGUCAAUGUGGAGCAAUGUUUUGAGGAACUUGUUUUGAAGAUUUUGGACACACCGAGUCUUUUGGCCGAAGGCUCAGCUGGUGUUAAGAAGAACAUCUUCAAACAGAAACCUCCAGAAUCCGAUGCCACGAGCACCUGUUGUUGAAUUUAUUUAUUUUUCUUGCCUUUCUAUGUUGUUUGAUCAAAAAAGAGUUUGUCUUGGGCAAUGUAUUUUUAUCUAAUGUAGCAAAAUUGUUGUGUUCA